CGUCCAAUAUCGACGCCAUGUUGUCAAUGUCGCCCAAAUGUCAAAACAAUCAACAAAAGUUGUUUAAAUUUGUUAAAAACCAUGUAAUUAAGUGUGUUUUCAACGAAAUAAACCCAAGUGCGUGUUUGUGGUGACCAUUGGAGUGUCCGUAUUAGUUUGAAAUGGUUCGGGUUAUCUCAGUGCACCAUUUCGCCGGCCAGCACAUUCAAACCGUCGAACAACCCACGGCAUGUUGCGUUGCGCCCCCCGAUAAGCUGCUCCUAGCCCUCACCAGCAACUGCAUCGAGGUGCGGGAUCUGAAGAACGAGUCCGAUGUCUUGUUCACGUUCCCGUCAGUUGAUGAGGUUAUCCAGAUCGUGCACUGUCGCAACGGCGAUUUUGUGGCGACGCUCGAGACCAAGUUCAAUCGACAGAAUAAGGACACGAACUUCGUCCGGGUUUACAUUAAUUGGGACAGUGUUGCGGCGUUGCAACAGUCGAAGAUGACGAGCAGUGGGGUGAGCUUGGGGGCCUCCGAGUGCGGGAUGGUGCAGCCCAUGCGGGCGAGGAUCGCCGGGAGGGUCACCCCCACGACGAAUCAGUCGGAGUUGGGGAGUCUGGAGAUGAUUGAAAUUCCAGUUAAACGCAAUCCGAAUUAUAUCGAGUGUUGUCAAGUCUCUGGCAAUUUGGUGAUUUUGUCGAAUCGAAUCAUCAAUGUUUAUAAAUUUCAAGUGAAGACGCACGAUAUUUCAAGGAUGAGGUUUAUUGAUUUUGAAGAGAUGGGGUUUUGGCUGGAGUUGACGUUUUUUCCGCAACAGAUGGCGUUGUGUGAAAAUUACAUAGCCUGCAUGAAUCGGGAUAAUAUGUAUUUGUUUAAGUUGGUGGAUGAAGGGGGUGAGGGGGUAACGACGGGGGAACACGAUUUUAAUUUUGGACAUGGCAACGACGAACCCAUCGACUUUGCAAAACUCAUCAACGACGAAACCUUCGGUUCUACAAAAACCAAACUCACGGUACACCUCCCUUCCAUUGUUCGCGAAAACAGCAUAAUCCACAAACACAGCCCUUUCACGUUCACCGAUAGAGAAAUGGCGGCCAAAAUCCACCCCAACUCGCCCUCCGACCCCAAACUACCCCAAAUAGUCAACUUGAUUCAACUCAAACUGAUCCCGAUUUUGGUCGAAAACGCCCAACGCCAAAUAACCGAAGAGUUCAAAUGCAUGAUUUUGAAGCCAGUUUACAUUGACGAAAAUUUCACCAAAACCAAAGACACCAAAACACUGACAAGUGACUACCGGAAGUGUCUCAGCAGUGUUGUGUGCAUGGUGGCCACACAACAGGAAGGCUAUUUGCACUAUUUUUGCGAAAAUGAGGUCGAAAGUGACCAUUGUGUGGCCGUGUACCCGUUUACGGCCCCCGUGCAGAGGCUAGUCAUGGAAGACUAUUUUUUGCACGCCUUAACCGAGACCGGCCUUGAGAGUUACACGCUACGUUUCGGACAUAAACUCUUCAGGAGUUUCGAAAUCGUGGACGAUGUUAAUGUUGCAUGUCCAUCAAUCAGCGAUGCUAUUUGUCUAGUGGGGCUCCGCCCCUUUUUGGGGGUGGAGCAAAUUCUCUUGUCGGAACACAAUCUAGUCCUCCUUGCAAAUUCGGAAAGUUCGCCAACUCAUUCGGUCAGUUCGAACAGUAGUUCGAACGCUUCCUAUUGGACAUUGUAUAAUCUAGAACUGCCAACACCUAAAACUAUUUUCAAUGACAUUUCAAUCCUGGCCAAUGCGCAUCGAUUUACGUCAUCGCAGACGUACUGUCAUUUGAUGAGCGAAGCUCACGUGAUCUUGAGGGUGGCGCUUGUGUUGAAGAAAUGGGGCGCGGUCGAGGAAAAUGUCAAAUUGAUAAUUCCCGUCAAAAGUAACAUUGAUGAUGUUAUCGAAACGUACAGAACGUCGUGUGCCCUUUUGGCCGACCAUUACAUAAUGUGUGCCAGUGAAGAGGAUUUUAAGUUGGCAAUACCGUACUACAAAAUGGCGCGAGUUCUUCCAUCCGAAGUGUUACGAAGAGUGAAAAAAGUACAAGAACAAUCGAAUAAUUACGUAACUAAAGGUUUAAUGCAUUAUUUGAAAUCGGUUUUACUGGAAAUUAAACAUAGUUGGGAAGCGGAUAAAUUUUUUACCAGCGGUUCGAAACAGAAUUUCGCUGAAACGAUUUUGGAGUUGUUGGAGAAUCACAAUUUUGAGGAUUUGCCUAAUUUGAUAUUGAAAAGUAGCAUUUUGAGGGAGUAUUCCACGGAUAAGUUGAUUCACAUUUUGACAGAGAAAUUGUCCAGUGAGGGCUCAAAAUUGACAGAAAAACAUCUCGCACUUGCCGUUUUACACACCCAAAAGUGCAACACAUCGAAAUCACACGAAUCGCUAGCGAAAAUACCCGAAAGCGAACUUUUAACAUCUUUGCAAACCAACUGGGAGUUGCUUUUUGACACAACCCAGAGUUUUCAAGGCAAAACUAAAAUCGUGACGACUUUUUCCGAAUUUGCCGUCGUCUUGAUCACCUCACACCCUGAUGUUUUGAGCGAAAGUUUGGUUUAUUUAAUAAUGGAGAAGAAAGCAAUCAAUUUAAAUAAACUAAUUAAGGUUUUUCUCGAGUAUUUACCCUCAAGUAUCGGCAGCGAUAGCAGUACUGCUAGUCUAGUCCUGCAAAAAACCCUAGAAUUGUAUUUCCAGAAAUAUUUCGAAAAAUUUGGCGAUUCCGAUAUUUCGAAAAUUAUCUACGAAAGAGGGGCCAACGAAGCGAUGAAAUUAUUAGUUCGUUCGUAUUUAUCGCAACUCCAAAUCUUCCAGUUGAAGGAAGACAAUAAUCGAAGAGAUGAAAUGUCGUCAAGUUUCAGCAAACUGGAACGCGAGAUUUUAGGCGAGAAUGAGGAAAAAUCAAAGUAUUAUUUCGACGAUAAGUUGGACAAAAACUCGGAGAAUUACCUGUUCUCCCAAUUUCGGUUCAGUUAUCUCGAUAAAAUGCCGCCGUUUCAAAUCGAGAUCACAUCGAAGUUAUACGAGGCAUGUCUCGAAAGUUACACACCAAAGGACAAUUACCGACCGAGUGACGAAGCCGACCUUGUUUUGAAGAAACUGCAAGCGAUUUUAUCGAGUCAAAUCGUCUCGAAACAAGUUCUAGGCGAAGUGGGCGCGUUUUUGAGCCUCAACGAAAAUCUGAGAGGGAGUUUGAGCCUACAAUCGAUUAUUUCGAGCACUAAUGACGCAAUACAAUUAUUAAUCGAUGCCUGUCCGCAGUGUUUGCUCCAGUUCGGCAAAGAUCGGUUCACACGAACCGACGAAUGGAAAUUUUUAAUUGCAUCAAUACAAAGACGCAUUUUAAGGUUAAGUCAGAACGAGGUUCUGAAACGAGUUUGUUUCUUUCACAAGAAGCUGCUGAAAGAUAUUCUAACACAUGUGGCGACAUCUAUGACGUUGGAUCAGUUGGUUCAAGUAUUUCCGCAACGUAUUAGCACUUCUGAUUCGGAUAAUCGGAACAGUGAGCUGGGUUAUGAUCUCGGUUAUUUGGAGAAUGAGUUGGAUGUUUUGAACGAAAUUCAAAAUUAUGAGCCUUUUGUGAUUAUUUGUAAGGAGACGAUGCACGCCAAUCAAAUCAACAAGCUUAUUACAACCACAGGGCAGCAAUUGUUGUGCACUCUGAAUUUGUAAUUUUGUGAUUUUUUUAUUUAUCUAUCGCUUCGACCAAAAAUUGAAACCAAAGCACAAAUCGGUUGCGAUGAUGAUGUUUUUUACACCCUAAUGUUAUUUCGUUUGUGUACGAGGGUGGUCCAAAAUGUUUGGUUUCUGAUAGUAAUUUUUGGUGCGCCCUCUGUCUUGUUAUCUAGAUUUGAGAUUUUAUUUAUUGACGUUUUUUAUUAUUUUUGGGUAAGGGAAUAAUAAGAAACGUCAUUACUGUGAUAGAUUUUAAUCCACUCUUUAGAAAAAUCAAACUUGAUGUGAUAAAAUAAUUCCAAUAAAAGUAUACAUUUUAAGAAUUG